AUGGACGCCUUCACAACUGAAGAGAGGAAUAAGUGUAUUUCCUUAUGCUGCACUCUGAGGGAGUACCACACCGAUGGGGGUAUGCAAAAAUUGUGGCUGCAGCGAUCUCAAACACAUAUGAAUUUUGAACAAAUCACACGAAUUUUGAAGUCUCUGCGGAGGGAAAAACCAACCUUGGAAGAGAAAAAAAACACAGAAAGAAAAGUCAGUUUACUACUACCACAUAUAUAUAAAGAAUGCGAAAGAAACUACGUCCACUUUUCUUGCAUUUUACACAACCUACACAAGUUGAGAGAUAAUUUCACGAAGGAGUAUAAGGAAGAGGUGUAUACCAAAUUGGAGGACUUAUUCCUUCGCAAUGUUAGUGUCUUUUCCAUCAAAGAAAUGACGAUCAUAUUAAAAUGUUUGUUGGAAGAGAGAAAAAUGAAGUGCGAUAAAAUGGUGCAGUUCUGCGCGUACAAAAUUAUGCACGUCUUAUGUAUGGAUAUUUUACACAAGAUGAGAAAGAAGCCUUCGUUUGAUUUGCGCUUCCUUUCCGUUCUUUGCACACAUUUUAAGGGGUGCAUAGAGAAUUAUUUUCUCUCCAACGUGGGGAACAUAAACAGGGAUGAUCAAAUGGACCGUUUCUACCAAACCGUGCGUAGUUUUGGAAGCACCACUAAUCAAGCAGUUUUUGCGAGUUUCCCAGAAAUUGGAUUUCCCAAACAUGGAUGCAACCUUUUCAACCUGCACGACGUGUCUGCUUUUAUGUCUUUUUUGAUGAGAUGCAAAUCGGUUUGUUGUCCAAUGUACACGUUCCUAUCUCAUGUGUACGUGUCGGUGAGCUUCCUGGGGGACAUGACCCACCCAAUUCAUGCGAAGCUAGAACAUCACUUUUUGAAGUUCGAAAGAGGUCAGAAGUUUUGCUUUUCCGGGGGGAGUCGCACAGGGGGGACUGUUCCCGCGGAGGAGCACAUGGAGGAGAUGGACGAAGAGGACGUGCGUAAAAGCCACGACGAACUGACAGACACGCGGACUGACCUCGCAGCAAUAUCAAAAGGCGAAAUAAUGCAAUGGAUCUCACAUUUAUUUCAGAGUGAGAUCCCCUUCAACAGUAGUGCUGCUUCACAUGUGCACAAGAAGAGGGAUAAGGAAAGUAGGGUCAUGCGGGAGAACGUCCACAGCAUGGCCGUCAUCAUCCAUAGUAGUAUAAAAGCGAAGGAACGAAACGUAUUCACAUAUGUCUUAGCAAAUUAUCUGCUACUGAAGUGCACACAUUUUUUAAAUUUAAUCGACAUAUGCAACAUUUUCGAAUUGCUCAUUUUGGACAGAACAACUGUUGCAGGGGUGGAUGUGUAUGACUCUGUUUUUGCAAAGAUCCGUCGGUUAAUAAUGGCUGAGGCAAACAGCAAAACGAUGGCAAUAUUCUGUAUUAGCAGCGCGCGAUUGAAGGGAGAGCUGCGUGGAUCCUUCGUGGACAAUAUCCUGGCGUUGUACCGAAUCGUUUUGCAGAAGCGAAGGGGAGUACCUGGAGAAUGCGCCAACAACAAUCGGAGAAAUCAGAAAAAUUUAUCAUUCCCUUUUGGAAGAGAGAACACCGUGAUUUUUUCCAACGUGGGUAAUUUUUUGUCCAGCCAUAAAAUCAGUUCUCUGUUUUAUUUACUCUACUUGAGGAAGUUUAACGAAUUUUUAAAUGCCUUGCUUGUUCAUAAAAAAAGGGGUCAUUUUUGUGCCUCCCCGAUAAGCGUAAUUGAUAUGUACGAUUUGCUCAAAACAUUUGUCAGCGUUUUUAAGACGUAUGAACAAAAUGGUCCUUACGAUGGAAGAAGGAGAGCAGAAAUUUCAAUACAUUUAGACAAGUGCUGUGAAUAUUUGCUGCAAUUUUUGGAGGAUAUUUGCUUCGAAAAAAUAAUUCCUGUACAGGGGCAUUUUUCGAAGGACACGGAAGUUGCGUAUGCGCAUCAUCUGAAGGGAAUAAAAAUUUUGAAUAGGUCAUGUUAUUUUUUCACAUUGUUACUCCCCAUGAUUAAAAAAAUGCAAAUGGGGAACAUCAUUAAUGACAGGACUGCGAAGUUACUAACUGGAGUUUUUGCGUCUUUUAAAAGCACCAUAAGAAAAACCUACCAAGACGAACUUUUUAUCAGCAACUGCAAGAGUGGCCAAAGCAACAAAUGUUAUGUGCACGUUUUGAACUUUUUCUUUAUGUUGAUUGAUCCGCGUGGCGGAGGGUGA